AAAAAAUACGUCAACAUGUUUUGACACGUAGUUGUAGUUGUACUGCUUUAUCGCAGUUUCUGAAGACGUUUACUGUGGAAGUUGAAGAUGUACGUUCGGUCUCUCCUGUUCCUGGUCCUGUGUCUGGCAGGGGCGAACAGCCACCUGCUCAAGUUCGAGGAUUGUGGUUCUGUGAAGGGAAAAGUUAUUCAGGUGGACUUUGUGCCAUGCGGAUACCUCAAUAUUGAGUUCCAGAUGUUUGAGACUGUUCAGAACGCCACCAUACUCAUGAACCAGAUCGUGGACGGCAAACCUGGGCCAGCUCCACUUCCGUACAUCUACGCCUGUAACCAGUGGGACUUCUACGGGCUGAGGUGUCCUCUUCACACCGGGAAACGCUACAACUUUAGUCUGGACCUGGCCCAGGAAGAGCCUGAGUUCCACCUGAAGGGAAGGUUCACCCUGAAGGACCUGUCUGAUCACAUCAUCUUCUGCAGUCAGUUCAACUUCUGGUUCUGCUGAGGUUUCUUCUUUUCUUCACAAAAGAAAGAAGGUUAAAACAAGGGGACCUCUUUUAACCAUCUUGAUUAAAGCUACAAAUUCUGGACAAUCAACAAUGUUACUGUAAUUACCAUUUUUGGUAUGUAGAUAGCUCGAGUGACGCUUGACAUAAAUAUGCGACAAUUAUGCAAAUCUAGAUGUAAUUUACAUCCUCUGCAUUAC